AUGUCUUCCUCACUGCUCGGACUGCGCAAGUCAAUCCUUCCACUCCGUGUCGCAUACUCAUCCGUUCGAUAUGCUGGACGCAAGGAGUCAAUGGGCGAUCCGAAACACGAAAUCAUUCGACGCGCUUUAUAUCCCUCUAACAUCAGAAACGGGCCUUCACCUACUGGCACUUGGAGGCCAGACGUGGGCCGCCGUCUACAGCGUGCAAUUCCAUCCGCACAAGCGCAUGAAACUAUAGAACGUGCGUGGUUGCUUCACCAGCGACACAGGGCUAUGGAGGUGUUGCGCGAGCUCGACCCAAAAUUGUAUUUGGAAGCUAAUAAGGAGGAGGACCCGCGGGUGCGAACGAAUGAGGAGGUGGCGCUGUCGAAGUCAUUAAGGGGGCCGGAGAGGAAGGCUCUCGAGGCAAGGGUGCGGGGCCUCUUUCCUAGAGAGCUGCGUAUACCCUCAGAUACUCCUUCUCGAAGCGGGUGGAAUUAUGACUGGACACCCAUAAUACCGCGCACACCGCGUGUGUAA